AUGGCGCAUAUUGAUGCAGGCAAGACAACUGUAACCGAACGCAUGUUGUACUACACAGGCAAAGUGCAUCGUAUGGGGGAGGUUGACGACGGCACAACGACAAUGGAUUGGAUGGCACAGGAGCAAGAACGAGGUAUUACCAUCACCGCUGCCGCAACAACGUGCCAAUGGGAUGGACACGGCAUUAACAUUAUUGAUACCCCCGGACAUAUCGAUUUUACAGUUGAAGUUGAAAGAUCGCUGCGAAUCCUCGAUGGAGCUGUCGCUGUUUUCUGUGCAGUUGGCGGCGUAGAACCCCAAUCGGAGACAGUCUGGAGACAAGCAGACAAAUAUCAGGUGCCACGCAUCGCAUUGAUCAAUAAAAUGGAUCGAACUGGUGCAGACUUUUUCCGAACACUUGAAAUGAUGGUCGAGCGGCUUGGUGCUUCAGCAGUACCAAUUCAACUGCCGAUCGGUUCCGCUGAGAGUUUCAGUGGCAUAGUCGAUUUGGUUUCACUGAAAGGUCUAGCAUGGGACGAAGCCAGUUCUGGAUCUAUAAUGUUUGAUACAGAUAUUCCGGAUGAAAUGAUGAGCAGUGUUCUGGAAUAUCGGGAACAGAUGUUGGAAGCAAUUGCCGAGUGUGACGAUGACCUACUGGCUAAAUAUAUUGACGGGGUUGAACUGUCCGAAGAAGAGAUUAAAGCGGGUUUGAGGAGUGCGACGUUAAGCGGAGAAAUUGUUCCUGUCUUGUGCGGUGCCGCCCUUAAGAAUAAAGGCGUUCAGCCGCUAUUAAAUGCAGUGGUUGAUUAUCUACCCUCCCCAACAGAUGUACCACCGGUAACCGGCUUGAAUCCAGAAGUUGAAGAGGAUGGAACCCGUUUAGCAGACGAUGAUGCGCCUUUCUCUGCGCUAGCAUUCAAAAUUACAACCGAUCCGCAUGUUGGUAAACUUACAUUCCUCCGCGUUUACUCCGGUGUUUUGGCUCAAGGAAUGACUGUAUACAACAGUACGCACCGGAAGUUUGAAAGGAUCGGCAGGUUGAUGCAGCUAAACGCAAACAAGCGUGAGGAACGCCAAGCCAUUUAUGCAGGCGAUAUCGCCGCUGUUAUUGGCUUCAAAUCUGUGAUGACCGGCGACACUGUCUGCGAUCCGAAUGCGCCAAUCGUUCUGGAAUCGAUGGCAUUUCCAUCUCCAGUAAUGUCCAUUGCUAUUGAACCUCAAACAAAGUCGGACAUCGAAAAGAUGGGCAUAGCGCUAUCAAAGCUGGCUGAAGAAGACCCAACUUUUAAGGUUCAUCAGGACCCAGAAACAGGACAAACACUCCUGUCCGGCAUGGGGGAAUUGCAUCUAGAGAUUAUCGUGGAUCGCAUGGUUCGGGAAUUUAAGGUUUCAGCAGAGAUUGGUCAACCUCAAGUUUCGUAUCGUGAGACUAUCCAGCGUUCUGCAAUAGCCAACGAGCGUUUUGUUCGUCAAUCCGGUGGGCGCGGUCAAUUUGGACAUGUGGUUAUUGAGAUUUACCCAUUAGAACAAGGAGCUGGUUUUGAAUUCGUCAACGAAAUAAAGGGAGGCGUCAUUCCCCAAGAGUAUAUACCCGCUGUUCGUAAGGGGCUUGAGGAGGGAAUAACCGCCGGAAUUUUAGGAGGUUACCCCCUUGUUGAUGUAGGUGUGCGAUUGUAUGAUGGUUCUUACCAUCCCGUUGAUUCUUCAGAGAUCGCAUUUUCAAACGCUGCUCGGAUCGCCUUCAAAGACGCAGUGAAACGCGCAGAUCCGAUACUGCUUGAACCAAUCAUGGAGAUUGAAGUUAUUGCUCCGGAUGACUAUUUGGGUAAGAUGGCAAAGGCAAAAUUUGAAAGGACUAAGCCACACGUCAAUAUUGGCACAAUUGGACACGUUGAUCAUGGUAAAACCACAUUAACGGCUGCAAUUACUAUGGUGUUGUCAAAUCUCUCUGGGAAUGAGUACGUAAAAACUUACGAAGAGAUUGAUGCAGCUCCCGAAGAGAAGGAACGUGGGAUUACGAUUAACACGGCGCACGUUGAGUAUGAGACAGAGAAUCGACACUACGCUCACGUAGACUGUCCCGGACACGCGGACUACAUCAAAAACAUGAUUACCGGUGCGGCGCAGAUGGAUGGUGCAAUCCUUGUUGUCUCCGCUGCUGACGGUCCCAUGCCCCAAACCCGUGAGCACGUUCUUUUAGCACGACAGGUGAACGUGCCGAGUCUUGUUGUCUUCCUGAAUAAGGCAGACAUGGUUGACGACGAAGAGCUCUUAGAAUUGGUAGAACUCGAAGUCCGAGAACUGCUCAGUGAAUAUGAGUUCCCAGGUGACGAUAUCCCAGUCAUUAGCGGAUCUGCCCUCCAAGCUAUGGAAAGUGGCGGCGAUCCGAGUGCCGAGGCAUGUCAGCCAAUUUUAGAGCUCAUGCAGGCGUGUGACGAUUGGAUUCCGGAGCCGGUACGAGACAUUGAUCGCCCCUACCUAAUGCCUGUGGAAGAUAUCUUCUCAAUCACAGGGCGAGGUACGGUUGUUACUGGUCGUAUCGAACGCGGUAUUGUUCGCGUUGGAGAAACAGUCGAGAUUGUUGGGCUCGCACCGACCACUAGCACGGUUGCGACCGGUGUAGAGAUGUUCCGUAAACUACUUGACGAAGGUCGCGCGGGCGAUAAUGUCGGAGUCCUGAUUCGCGGUGUUGAACGUGAGGACGUGGAGCGCGGGCAAGUGCUUGCCGCUCCGGGCAGUAUUACCCCGCACACGCAGUUUGCGGCUGAAAUCUAUAUUUUGAACAAAGACGAAGGUGGUCGCUGGACACCAUUUUUCAGUGGCUAUCGUCCACAGUUCUACUUCCGUACAACGGAUGUAACGGGUGUGAUGAAUCUUCCCGAAGGUGUUGAAAUGGUAAUGCCCGGAGAUAAUAUCCGUAUUACCGUUGAACUCACCAAACCCAUUGCUCUGGAAGAGGAACUAAGGUUUGCAAUUCGUGAAGGUGGACACACCGUCGGAGCCGGCGUUGUUUCAGAGGUUCUUGAGUAA